AUAGGUUAUGUAAAAUGUCCCAAAAUAUUUUGCUUCGGGUCACACAAAUAAAUGCAAUUUAUUUGGACAAAGAAAUCGACAAAUUAUUUCUUCAAAUUAUUCAGGAAGCAACAAAAAAUCUUCCUCCUGGACUCAUAGCACCUUAUGAUGAAGAAAUUAAAUUACUUGUUAAAUUGGCAAUUCUUAACUACUCUAUUGUAAAACAAGGCAGUACAUUUGGGCAACAGUUAUUGUCUGUUAAAUAUGACAACAUUCCAAUUUACAAAAGAUAUUUAUAUGUUAUUGGCAGUACAUUAGGUUAUAUAAAAGAUAAAUGUGAAAUCUGGAAACCCUCACAUGAAAUCAACAGGCAUAUUAGCUUAGUUUAUACAAUUUUAAAAUUCCUAGAUUUUAUUAAUUUGUCAGUCUUUUUGAGAAAUGGUGUAAAACCUUUAUUAAUUGAGAGAAUUCUUGGCCUGAACCAAGUUUAUUCCAGAGAUAAUGUAAGGAGACACUAUGAAUCAAAGUAUUUGGCCAGGGAGCUAUUAUGGAAUGGUUUUAUAGAAAUGAUAGUCCAUAUUUUACCCUUAAUAAACUACCAUAAAAUUAAGAGGACAAUUAAAAACAACAAUCCAUUCAGGCAGAAACCUGUGUAUUCCUCAAUAUCAACUAGAGAAAUGACAAUGCAUUCCAAAUGUGCUUAUUGUGGCGAAAAUCCUACACUUCCACAUCAUAUGGGUUGUGCACACAUAUUCUGUUAUGUGUGCUUAAAGGGUAAUCAAAUGGCAGACUCCAAGUAUGAGUGCCCAAUUUGCGAGCACAAAAAUCCAAACAUUCUCUGUGAUAGAGUUGCUGUAAUAUAAUUUUAAUUUUUGUAUACAUUUCGCUUUUAUUUGUUGUUAAUUUAAUAAUAUAAAAAAUAAAACAGA